AGAAGAAAUACGAAACAAAUUAUAAUCAGAUAAAUAAGAAUUUUUCGAAAUGCUCAAAUAAACAAUUAUCUUACAAAAAUAAAGAAGAUGGAAGAUUAUUUAAUUGUUUCAUCGACGAUCAACAUUAGUUGUGUACAGGACAAUGAAUUUUCAACAGCUGCAUACAAAUGCUUGAAAAGUUAUCAAACAUCUUUCAAUAUUAACCUAAAGCAACUGAAUUACCUGAAUUGUCUAAAGAAGAAGCUUCAAAACUUUAGGAUCUCAUUCAAUGGAACCACCCAUCAAUUUAUAUAAAAAUGUGUUUGGAGAAUCCUUAAUGAUCUAUAGAAUCAACAAACAUUUAACAUCUUAUUAGUAGCCGAAAAGAACAUUCAUAUUAACAUAUUUAUCCUGAUAGAAUAGAUACGAUAAUAAAAAUAAUCUGGCAAUCAAUGCUUGAUUUUUAUUGAUUUUACCAGUGCAUAUAACACUGUGAAAAGAUAGAAACUUUAAAAUAGUCUUAGAAUUAGAUAAAUAUUAAAUGAUAUAGAAACCUAAUUUCUUGAGUUGAUUCACAGCAAAAUCUUAUAUGUUGAUAAUCACAACUUGCUCAAUAAAGUAUACUUUCCCUUAAGGCUCACAAAUCUCUUCAACCUUAUCCAAUAUUUACCUUGAUGAAUUUAUCAACGGACUUUUACAGAGAGACCAAUUGAAUUUCAAAUUUUUAGGUUAUGCAGACGAUCUAGUCUUAAUAACUGAUAAAUGUAAUCUUGGUACCUUGUUAAAUGAUAUCAAAGAACUGUCUAAUUUAUGGUGCCUAAGUGUUAAUAACAAAUUUAAUGGCAUACUGCCAAUAAAAUCAGGAAUGAAAUGCACACAUAUAUGUAACUUUCCAAUAGUCAAUAGUUAUAAAUACCUUGGUAGAGAAAUUAACUACAAAGAUUCCGUUUCAAUACAUAUUCAGAAUUUUGUUACCAAAAUCAAUUGUAUCCAAUUCAAACUGCAAUCCAUUUGAUACAAUAUGAACUUCCCCCAAGGUUAUUUUUGAAUAGGCUUUACAUAGGGUCUUACUUUAUUUAUAUUCCAGCUUCUUCUUCUUUCAAUAAAGAAAUCCUUUCCAACAACAUAAUCAAAUUUAAGAAAAAGAUGUGUAAUAAAAUGCUGAGAUUACCUUCAAAUAAAGCAGACACAUUACUUAAUUUAUUUCUUCAAAAUUAUUAUGCCACCAUUUUGGACAGCCUACAUAAUUAUUCAUCUUCAUUUAUUGUAUAUAUUAUUUAAUUAUAAACACAAGAACAGGAUACUCAAAAUAAUCUGCCUAGCAUAAAACUACUAAGUAUUCAUAUUUGA